AUGUCCGCGGGUUCGAGCACGCUGCUCUCGACCCAAAAGGCGUCUGACUCGGGCCUCCAGGCUGUCCUGCACCCUCUGGUCCUACUCACAAUCUCCGACUACAUUACAAGACACGCGCUCAGAGAACAAAAGGGCCCGAUCGUCGGUGCCCUCAUCGGUCAGCAGCAUGGACGCGAAGUCACAAUCGAGCACGCGUUCGAGUGUGCCACCAUCGCCGUCGAUGGCAAGGUCCUCCUUGACGCCGACUGGUUUGCCCAGCGUCUCGAGCAGAUGAAAACGAUCCACAAGUCGCCACAGCUCGAUCUCGUCGGCUGGUAUACAGUACUCCCCAAGACAGGCCCGACACCUUCGGUGCUCCCAAUCCACAACUGGAUCUUGUCCGAGCACAACGAGUCCGCUUUGCUUCUCGCCUUCCAUUCCGAGGAGGCUCUCUCACAUUCAGUCGGAAGCAAGCUUCCUCUAACAAUAUACGAGUCGAAUUGGGAGGCCGAGGACACCAAGCAGGAGGCGGGAGAGGACAAGGAGAUGAAGGACGGCGAGGCGCCUCUGCAGCUCAGGUUCAGGGAGCUGCCGUACUCGGUGGAAACCGGCGAGGCGGAGAUGAUAAGCAUGGACUUUGUCGCGCGUGGCGCGGGCAACGCGACCGUUGUGCAGCCGAGAGACUCGAAGAAGUCCACCAAGACCGAGGUUGAUGGCAAGGGCAAGCAACCUGCGACAGAAGCAUCAGAGGAUGCCGCAACAGACGAGCACAUCCUCACGAAUGACGAGGAGGAAAUGAUUGCCGCGCUCACGGCGAAAGCGAACGCCAUCAAGAUGCUGCAGGCUCGCAUCAACCUGCUCACGACAUACCUUGAGAGACUGCCCGAAUCCUUCAGAUCAGGGGAGAAGCCGAUGAGCAGCGACCACCAGACACCUGGUGAUCAACAAACCAUACCGUCCUACACAAUACUGCGCUCGAUCCAGGCGCUUUCGAACAGACUAUCACUGCUAGCGGCGUCAGACGCGUCGACGGGCCUCGAGCAGGAGAUGCUCAGCGAGGCCAACGACGUCCACCUCAUGGAACUUCUGAACGACGUCAUGCAGAGCGUCACCGAGGCGAGAGGCAUCGGCAAGAAGCAUGGCGUCAUCGAGUCGGCAAAGAACCGCAAGAACAACAUGGAGAAUCUGGCGGAUCGCAGCGCGUACAUGUCCGGUGCCGGAGAUCUCACCAUUUGA